AUGUUGUGUAAUACUAUCGAAUGCGAUAGGAACAAGUGCGAACAGUACUGGCCACAUGAAGUUGGCGAGGUGAUGACAUUUGGAGAAGAUAACGAAGGGAAAAUCACUGUAACUAAUUUGGAUGUUUCUCCCAUGUCCGAAGAGGACUACUUUGUUCGUGUUACCAAACUCAAGCUGGAUUACAAGGAUAAGGAUACCGGCAAGGAUGCUUCUUCAAUUGUCCACCAUUAUCAAUGGGAAAAUUGGCCGGAUCGAGGUGUUCCUCAAUCAAAGUUCACAGCAAUUAAUCUCCUCGCUAGGGUCCGUAACUCUUCCGGUCCGGUCAUUGUGCACUGCUCGGCAGGUAUUGGCAGAACGGGAACAAUUGUUGCCAUUUCCUAUGUGACGGAGAAAAUGCAGAACGGCGAAGAUUGCCUGGCAAUGAGCGAUCUACUGAAGGAGAUUCGCACCCAACGACCAGGCUCAAUACAAAAUGAAUUCGUAAGUAGAUGA